AUGGUUGGGGUUCACGGCAUGCUUGGUGCAGAUGUUGAACAGAUUCUAAAAGCAAUUGCAGAAAGGGCAGAUCUAAAACUCGAUAAGGAAACCAUACUUGAAAAAGCACUUUUGCUAAAAAAUAGAUUCAAGCUUGAAAAGAAGUUCUUGAUAAUUGUAGAUGAUAUUUCGAAUGAACUUAAGCUUGAAGAUGUUGGGAUAGUAUUCAAGAGUGAUGAGAAGGUAUGCAAGAUAUUAUUUACGUCCACAUUUGAACGAGUGUUGUCUACUAAAAUGGGUGUUGACAAGUUAUUCCAAGUUGGACUCUCAGAAGAGGCUGAAGCAUUGAACUGGUUCAACCAUUUAGUGGCUAAAUCGCUUGAAAAAGAUUCUUAA